GGUUUGACCAUACCCAGAGUGGAUCAACCAAUUGACCAAUCCCACCUGGAGAAGAUGGUGAAGAAGGCAGUCCAGGAAUACUCCUACAAGAAUUCGAUAGAACCAACAGCUUACCGGCCGUACAAGUAUUGGGUGUCCCGCGAAGAAGAAAAAUUCAACCCGGUGUUCGUCGGCAACGACAGGUACGCAACGUGGAGGACAGGGCCGUACAACAGCGCAUCCUGGAAUCGAUACACCACGUACCUGCCACGGAUCCCCAGGGAGGCCGGCAUGGACGCCAUUUUGCGCGGGAUGCCCAUGGAGUACCCUCCGAAACCCGAGCGACUCAACAAUUACG